CUCUUGAACUGUUUCACUUCCUGUUUGGUUUGUUUUCUCCUGAUUUCUGUCUCUGCAGCAGGACGAUCUUCAGCUCUCCAUCAGCCGAUCACUCCGACACAAGACCAGCCACUGAUUUACCUGCAAAUGGCCCCCCGGUGGCUGAUCUGCAGUACUGCAGUGUUCCUGCUGGUCCUCCUCCCUCCGGUGGUCCCUCAGUGUGGGGGGAUCCCCGGCAUCCCCGGGAUCCCCGGCAGCCAUGGACCCAACGGGCUGAACGGAGCCAGAGGAGAGAAAGGAGACCCUGGUGAGGCGGGUCAUCCCGUCCGGGGCCAGAAGGGGAACCCAGGUAUGAGCGGGCCCCCGGGGCGGCCCGGGAUGAAGGGGGACCUGGGUCUUCCAGGACCUCCAGGUAAUGCAGGCCAGCCAGGAGAGAAGGGAAGACCCUACCACCCGUCCAACGUACAGAAAUCCUUCUUCUCCUACAAACUGGAGGCAACACAGCCACCAGAGCUAGACACCGCCAUCGACUUCAACAGGAAGAUUUUACCGGACCUGGACGAACAGUUCCAAGGAGUUUCUCUGACCAACGGGACGUUCAGGUGCACCGUCAGCGGCGUUUAUUUCUUCAGUUAUCACGUCUCAGCGAGGAGCAGAGUGUGUCUGCAGCUGGUGAAAGGCAACAUCGGCCUCAUGACGCUGUGCGACGUGUCGGAUGGUUUCCUGGUGACCUCGGGCUCGGCGGUGCUGCAGCUGGACGCCGGCGACACCGUGUCCCUGCAGCCGAACCAGUUCAACAGCAUCGUGACCAGCCAGAGCACCAGCAACACCUUCACCGGCUUCCUCAUCUUCCCAAACGCCUAGAGCUGCCGCCAGGAAACUCAUAACAUCAGAGCUGCCUAGUACACCUAGAACAUCACAGACUUUAUCAAUUCAACAUUUACAGCAAGUUAAUGACAUAUACGUUUUCUGUUUUGGUGCAAAGAUCUGCAGAAUUAAAUGAUUGGCUCAAUAGUUACAGUGCUAUGCUAAAAGAUCACAUCAGUGUUUUUCCUUUAACUUCAUACUGUAUAACAGGGAUGGGCAGCAUUAAUGCUGCAGGGCCUCAGUUUAUCAUGUUCACCACCACAGGGCCACAUAUAGGAGCAGCACUAACCAGAUAUGAUGAAACUGCAAUGUUAAAUAUGUUUGCAGUGCAGUAACUUAACAUAUUUCAUGCUCUAAUAAAUGUAUAACAGUAUAGAUAGGAAUACAAAAGGUUUGAAGCAAAUAAAAAAUAACCACUUACUUUUUUUGUGCAUUUUUAUUCUGCAUUUUUAAGAUUUCAUGCUCAAUGCAUGUAGUAGUACUGAGGGCCACUUCAGGUGAGGGUGCGGGCCGUAUGCGGCCCCCGGGCCUCAUGUUGCCCAUCCCUGCUGUAAAGUGUUUACAUUACUGAUUUUUCUAAAAUGAACCAAUUCAGCUUCCAUUCUGAUGUCGUGUUUUUGUUUGUUUCUACUCUACUUUUUUUUUUUUUUAAAGCUAGGUGAUAAUUUGCUCACCUUGAAAUCAGAUUAAACCUUUAAAAUGCUGUAAAACAAACGAAUAAAGUUGCUUCAUUGUUCACUGUGAUGGAUUUAUUGUUCCACACACUCAUUUUAAUUACAUAUAGUAUUUAUUUAAAUCAAGACUUUAAUGUUUUCCACACCUUUGAUUAAACACUUAUUCCUUUCAUUUGUA